CAAAAUGGCGUCGAGUAAGAAGAAGAAAAUUGUGUCGAAAGAUGAACUUCGCCGUUUGAUGAAACAAAAGCAGACAUCAUUAAAGUCAUCGAAUAGAAUUGAACAUGCCCAUGCAAAAUACAACAGUCUGAACCAGCUUGUGUGCGCUGUAUGUAACACAACGAUAAAGUCAGACUUGUUAUGGGCAGCACAUAUACAGAGCAGGCUUCAUAAAGAGUAUGUCGCUGCCAAGUCGGUUGUGGGGCCAGCAGUUCCUGCUUCUGUCAAGAGAUCAGUUUCACAGUCGGAUUCUGGGGCAUCUCACAGCAAGAAGUUGAAAAGUCAAAAUGGAUCAUCAGUAAAACAGUCAGGUCUUCCUGCUGAUUUCUUUGACAAGUCAUCCUCUAAAAGUCAGCAACAAAGCAACUCGUUGCUGGCAGAUUAUGGAUCCUCAUCCGAGGAAGACAGUGAUGGUGCUGAUGAAGGUGCAGGGAAAUCAGGCUCUGCCAGACCAGGGUCAGGUGUCCUACCACCAGAUUUCUUUGAUAAGGGCCCCAAGCCAUCAGGAGAUGAUGUGGAAGAAAAACCCAAAACAAUGGCAGACAUUUUACCUGAAGGGUUUUUUGAUGACCCAAAGAUGGAUGCCAAGGUGAGGAAGGUGGAGUACAAGGACAAGAUGGAGGAAGAGUGGGAACAGUUCCAGAGAGCCAUGAAAGAAGAAUCUCACGUGUCAGAGAACAUUAUAGAGGAAGAUGACCAGCAGGCCAAUAUAGAGAGGAACAUAGAUGAAAUAGAUGACCAAAUCAAUCGCUGGAAGGAGAUUGAGGACCUCCAUGACAAGAAGGCAGAGGUGAUAGGGAAGGUGGGGGAUCGGGAGACGCAGAGUGACAGUGAAGGGGAGGUGGACGAGGCAGAACUAGAGGAACUCUUUGACUGGAGAGCCAAGAAAACAUGGAAGUGAUCCUGUGUAGUGAUUGAGAUACUGUCUACAUGGAAACGACCCUGUGUAGUGACUGGGAUACUGUCUACAUGGAAACGAGCCUGUGUAGUGACUGGGAUACUGUCUACAAAUGUGGGCCUUUGCAUCUCGGGGUGGUGGGACUGAGAGACUCCUGUCUUCACAAAUGGAGAAUAGAGAAGAGUGUGAACCAGUUUUGUAUGAGAGGGGAUGUAUGACAUAGGAUUGUCCGGUUUGUUUAUGAAACAUUCCUUGGUAAUACUUAAAAGAUGUACAUGGUAUGAAUAGUAUGUUCGUGCAAGAGUUAUUCCCCUUGUUGCGCUAGAACUCAGAAUUGUUAAUUUCCAAGGGUCUCUGUGGAAAUGGAUGUAAGCUGAUGGACAGAGGUUUUACACCAAGCAUGUUCCUUACUUAAACUUUACAACAAGUGCUUUUUAUCACAUGUACACUGAUGAACCAGUAUUUGGCUGGUUGCAGCACAGAGGCAUAAUGAGUCGAGGACCCUGUUAAAUUUUUCUCAAAUACCUCAGGGCUCAGUAGUUGGAUGGAUGCAUGUGUAACAAUGAAGAGUUCAAAGACUAUCUGACAGAUUUCUGUGAAAGAAUUGUACAGAUGUUUAUACAUAAGAUAUUUGUUAAAUAUAUUAUUGAUAUAC